AUGGCUUUAGAAAAUAACACCCAUCGUAGUUUCUCAAUUAUUCCAUGCUUCAUCUUUGUGGAGCUUGUGAUCAUGGCUGGGACUGUUCUGCUCGCUUACUACUUUGAGUGUACAGACACAUUCCAAGUGCACAUCCAAGGAUUCUUCUGCCAAGAUGGAAAUUUAAUGAAACCUUAUCCAGGGACUGAGGAUGCAAGUUUUAUAUCCCCCCUGGUACUGUACUGUGUGCUGGCAGCAACACCAACAGCAAUUAUAUUUAUUGGUGAGGUAACUACGUAUUUCAUUAAGUCUACCAGAGAAAAUCUGAUUACUCAAGAAAAAAUGAUAUUGACAGGAGAGUGCUGCUAUUUAAAUCCGUUAAUCAGAAGAAUCAUAAGGUUUAUAGGUGUUUUUGCAUUUGGCCUCUUUGCGACAGACAUUUUUGUUAAUGCUGGUCAGGUAGUGACAGGUAACCUGACACCCUACUUUUUAACUGUGUGCAAACCAAACUACACAGGAGCAGAUUGCCAAGUUUAUCAUCAGUUUAUCAACAGUGGCAACAUCUGCACUGGGGAACCUGAAGUCAUAGAGAACGCCAGAAGGUCGUUUCCAUCCAAACAUGCUGCUCUUAGUAUUUAUGCCGCAUUAUAUGUAACCAUGUACAUUACAAGCACAAUAAAAACAAAAAGUAGCCGACUGGCAAAGCCUGUAUUGUGUCUCGGGACCCUUUGCUCUGCAUUCCUUACAGGACUGAACCGUGUGUCUGAGUACAGAAAUCAUUGUGUUGAUGUCAUAGGUGGUUUCAUACUAGGAACAGCCGUAGCUUUGUUUCUGGGCGUGUGUGUUGUACACAAUUUUAAAGGAACCCAUGGGACUCCAUCUAAACCUAAGCCUGAAGAUCCAAGGGGACUGCCACUUAUGGCUUUUCCGAGAGUUGAGAGCCCUCUUGAGACAUUAAGUGCACAGAAUCACUCGUCAUCUAUGACUGAAGUUACCUGA